CUGCAACCUAGUGGUGGCAUCAGUAAUUUUAAUUAAAGCAACGCGCACAGAUCGAAGGACAUACCAAAACACUGCAUUCGUUCGGAUUAUUUCUGCAAGUUAAAAACAGGAGUGGAUAAAUACUUCUAUUGAUAGAUGGAGUUGAACAACACCUAACAUCUCUGGCCUGGCCGCGGGCUCCGCGAGUGGCUGAUCCGAGCCCGAAAACGCCGUGGAGUGACAGAUCGGAGGCUGUUUAGAGAGGGUCUCAGAAGAGGAGGAAGAAAAAAAACACUGAAGAAAUAACAGACAAUCGCCUUUUCCAGGCGGAAAGGGCUGCGGCUGCCCUCACCUCCGAGCAGACUGCCGACAGGAUGGCUCACCUCCGAGACCUGCGGAACCAGAACUCCCGCUUGGACCCUGAGGAGUACUUCACCAAGCUCGAUCGCAUUGGAAAAGGCUCCUUCGGCGAGGUCUACAAGGGCAUUAAUAAUCGCACCAAGGAGGUGGUGGCCAUCAAGAUCAUCGACCUGGAGGAGGCAGAGGAUGAGAUCGAGGACAUCCAGCAGGAAAUCACUGUGCUCAGCCAGUGUGACAGCCCUUUCGUCACCAAGUACUUUGGCUCCUACCUCAAGGGGACCAAGCUUUGGAUCAUCAUGGAGUAUCUAGGAGGCGGCUCUGCUCUGGAUCUGCUGAAGCCAGGUCCCCUGGAAGAGACCUACAUUGCUACAAUCUUGAGGGAAAUCCUGAAAGGUCUGGACUACCUGCAUUCAGAGAGGAAAAUCCAUCGAGAUAUUAAAGCUGCCAAUGUGCUGCUGUCAGAGCAAGGUGACGUCAAGCUGGCUGACUUUGGUGUAGCUGGCCAACUGACAGACACCCAGAUCAAAAGGAACACCUUUGUGGGAACUCCUUUCUGGAUGGCACCAGAGGUCAUCAAGCAGUCAGCAUACGACUUUAAGGCGGACAUCUGGUCCCUGGGGAUUACAGCCAUAGAGCUGGCCAAAGGAGAGCCACCAAACUCAGACUUGCAUCCCAUGAGGGUCCUCUUCCUCAUCCCCAAGAACAACCCACCAACUCUGGAAGGCCCCUACAGCAAGCCCUUCAAAGAAUUCGUAGAGGCCUGCCUCAAUAAAGACCCCCGUUUUCGGCCUACUGCCAAGGAGCUGCUGAAGCACAAGUUCAUCACGCGAUACACCAAGAAAACCCCCUAUCUGACAGAGCUCAUUGACCGAUACCGCCGCUGGAAGUCCGAGGGCCAUGGCGACGAGUCCAGCUCCGAUGACUCAGACAUGGAUGGCGACGGUGAUGACAGAGACCAGUGUCCCAUGUGGACCUUCCCCACCGUGCGGCCGAGCUCCCUGGGCAAGCUCCAGAAAAACUUCAGUGGUGGAGACACAGAGACGACAGAGGCAGUGAAGAGGCAGCCCAAGUCGCAGUGUCUUUCUGCGCUCGUGACGCCCAUCUUCAGAGAGCUCAAGGAGAAGAAACGAGCGACAGGGGGAGGGGUGGGUGCCAUAGAGGAGCUGGAGAACGCCUUCAGUCUGGCCGAGGAAUCCUGCCCGGGCAUAUCUGACCGCUUGGUCAGCAACAUGAUGGAAAGGGUGCGGAGGUUUUCCCUCAAUGGGAACACCACCCCAUCCUCACGGUAAGACGCCCCAGACGCUGCCCCGCCCACCCCUCGCUCCCUGCGAGCCUUCCGGGCCCCACCAGCUCAUGCCCCGCCCACCCCCCAGAGAUCUUUUAGAGGUUCAUUCAAUAUUUUUACAGUUUUCUUUAUAGAAAGUUUAGAAAAAGAAAAAGGUAAAGUCAGAAGCUCUGUGUAUAACAACUGUAUUAGGUCAUGUCAUAUAUAAUAAAGUUUUUCAAAAGCGUU